CAGCGGCGGAGGGGAGAGUAGAGGAGGCGGAAACAGCGACCACGACGACCUGAGGGAGAGAAGGAGGAGGCCCAAGCGGAGCGGGGUGAGGGGGAUUGCGGCUCCCCGUGAAGAAUGUCAGCCACCAGCGUCGACCAGAGACCUAAAGGACAGGGAAAUAAAGUUUCAGUGCAAAACGGUUCGAUUCAUCAAAAGGAUGCAGUAAAUGAUGAUGAUUUUGAGCCAUAUCUGAGUAGCCAGACAAAUCAGAGUAAUAGCUAUCCACCAAUGUCAGACCCAUACAUGCCUAGUUAUUAUGCUCCCUCCAUUGGUUUUCCAUACUCUUUGGGUGAAGCAGCAUGGUCCACAGCUGGAGAUCCUCCAAUGCCAUACUUGACAACUUAUGGACAGAUGAGUAAUGGUGAACACCACUAUAUCCCCGAUGGUGUAUUCAGUCAACCUGGGGCUUUAGGGAAUACUCCUCCGUUUCUUGGUCAGCAUGGAUUUAAUUUUUUUCCUGGCAAUGCAGAUUUCUCUACAUGGGGGACAAGUGGAUCUCAGGGGCAAUCAACCCAAAGCUCUGCUUAUAGCAGCAGCUAUGGCUACCCACCCAGCUCUCUUGGUAGAGCUAUAGCCGAUGGACAGGCUGGAUUUGGCAAUGAUACUUUGAGCAAGGUACCUGGAAUUAGCAGCAUCGAGCAAGGUAUGACUGGAUUGAAAAUUGGUGGUGAAAUGACAGUUGCUGUAACAAAAACAGUUGGAUCAGCUCUAACCAGUACAGGUAUGACGAGCAUUGCAGCAAAUAAUGUGCCUGCAGUUAGCAGUUCAGCACCUAAACCAACCUCAUGGGCUGCCAUUGCAAGAAAGCCUGCUAAGCCUCAGCCAAAACUUAAACCUAAAGGUAAUGUGGGAAUUGGGGGCCCUGCAGUACCGCCACCACCUAUAAAACACAACAUGAAUAUUGGCACUUGGGAUGACAAAGGGUCGGUGGUAAAAGCUCCUCCAAUCCAACCAGUACUGCCUCCUCAGACUAUAAUUCAACAGCCUCAGCCUUUAAUUCAGCCACCACCUAUGGUGCAAAGCCAGCUGCCGCAGCAACAGCAACAGCAGCCGCUACCACAGUCACAACAGCCUCAAGGACCUCAGCAACAGGCUCAGCCUCAUCAGCUGCAGCAGCAGCAACAGCUGCAAAAUCGCUGGGUGGCUCCUCGCAAUAGAGGUGUAGGCUUCAAUCAGAGCAAUGGAGCUGGCAAUGAAAACUAUGGUAUAGGUGUUAUACCAGUUAGCUCUUCACCAUCUGGUGUAGAAGUACACCCAGUUUUGGAGAAAUUAAAGGCCAUAAACAACUAUAAUCCCAAAGACUUUGACUGGAACCUGAAGAAUGGUCGCGUGUUUAUAAUCAAAAGCUAUUCAGAGGAUGAUAUACAUCGUUCCAUUAAAUAUUCUAUCUGGUGUAGUACUGAACAUGGUAAUAAGCGCUUGGAUGCUGCAUAUCGUUCAUUGAAUGGAAAAGGCCCACUCUAUUUACUUUUCAGUGUGAAUGGCAGUGGACACUUCUGUGGAGUGGCUGAGAUGAAGUCGGUAGUGGACUACAAUGCGUAUGCUGGAGUCUGGUCUCAGGAUAAAUGGAAGGGGAAGUUUGAUGUUAAAUGGAUCUUUGUUAAAGACGUUCCGAACAACCAGCUGCGGCACAUUCGCUUGGAAAAUAAUGACAACAAACCAGUUACCAAUUCAAGGGACACUCAAGAAGUACCCCUAGAAAAAGCCAAGCAAGUGCUUAAAAUAAUUGCUACUUUCAAGCAUACCACCUCAAUCUUUGAUGACUUUGCACAUUAUGAAAAGCGUCAAGAGGAGGAGGAAGCCAUGCGUAGGAUGAUCCCUGCAUUUCCAGAUUUUGGGAAGCUACAGGGGAAGGAGGUUGUUUUGCCUUCCAACUAUGAGGAGAGGAAUAGAAACAAACAAUAACUAUAUGGAGAUGAUCCUGCUAGAAUUACAACACUAAUGAUGUAGACUCUGGAAAUGCCUAAUAUGUCUAAGAAGACGUUAUUAAAGCUUUGUUCCUGCUUAAGGUGACAUCUUUGAACACUUUAACACAAAUGACUCUUCUUGUAAUGGUUCUCAUCAGUGCAUCUGCCCUUAUACUCUCUCACCAAACACACUUGAGAACUGUAACUUCGUCAAGCACUUUCUGUCCUGAAGCUUUUACCAGUAUCUGCUGUCUUUUGUAAUUAUGCAUCCUAGCUAAGGCACAGGAGAUGGAACGAAUGCAAGGAUUCAUUAACUCUUUGAAUUUGUUAAAUACUAACAAUUAACCAUCAUAAGUGGUUCAAUGAUGUGAGAUUCACAUUGCUUCAAUUUAUUUUUCUUUGAUGUAGUUUUUUAAUUGUCAGUUUUUUUAGCUAUUCAAGCAGAAUUUAAAGCAAAAUCAUGCCAUAUUUAGUCCUGGAGUAAAAUUCAAGUCUAAAUGUUCAUGUGAAAAUUAUUGUAGUAAACUUUUAAUAUGGCAAAGCAACUUUGAGCUACAGUUUAGCCAAAUGAAUUAUAACAUGAAAUUAUAUUAGAAUGUCAUUUCCCUUGUUUCAAACUGUUUGGUGUAGAGAAUAUUAAUAUAUGCAGCUUGGUGGGCCACACCAGUUAAUGCACAUUUCUUUUUCCCCCCCUGUAACAUGUAUACCAGAAGAAGUGUGUUUGUCUGAGGAACUGUUUGUUUGCUACACUCAAUCUCAAUUUUGAGUACAUGUACCUCAGUCUAAAUCAGACUUUUUAUGACCUUUAUAACAACACUUAAAAUCUUUAAUUCCUAUUUCUGGGUGUUUGCAAGCCUGAAAAGAUUGCUAUCAUGGAAGUGAAAAUUUAUUCCUCGAAGUGAUUCACUAGCUAAAUAAACAUUAUUCUUGUUUUAGCAAGCAUAUAUUCAGUUUCUCAGAUUUUGUUUGUUCCCAAUUCUGAAUAUAAUAGUCUGCUAUUUUUUCAGUUCAAAAUACUUUGGGAAAUAAAACGUUUAUUCAUGGUUUCAGUUUGUAUGCUCUCAUGGCUGUGUUUACAUGUUACUUAUUAGUACUAUAUAAUAAAAGCCUAGGAAUCAUAA